UUUUAUUACGUGACUCUGAAGUACUCUUGCUGAAAAUAAACGCGCGUGUUGUGUGGGCUGGGCGGCUACUCAGUUAGCCACACUGCUAUAUAUGUGCCUUCAUGCAUAUGAAUAAAAAAAAUGAUCAAACUAAGAGUCUCGAGAUCAUAUGACGCGAAUAUUUAACAUUAAGCGAUUAUAUAUAAAUGAAAGGUUGGUAGUUAAAGUCAUAUUCGUAGCAGAAAACGCUUCUAUUACUUUCUAGGGCAAACUGAGCUUAAGGCUUUCACGCGUGAAUAGUCAAAAUGCCCGUGCUGCAUAGUGAAGGUGGAGUGGUGGCUGCAGUUGGCAGUCCUGUGAAGAAGAGCAAACUCUCUCUAAAAUUCUUCCAGAAGAAGGACACCAAACGAGCCCUGGACUUCUCAGAGGCCCCGGCAGAGGACAACAGUACCGCAGAACCAGAAGAGACUAAUCAUGGCCAGGUUGUGCCAGUGCCUUGCCCAUCAUCUCCUCUUACUUGUGAAAAGCGUGAGAGCCUGGUCCCCUUCGUUGGGCUUAACAAUUUGGGGAACACCUGCUAUCUGAACAGCAUCCUUCAGGUCUUAUAUUACUGUUCUGGUUUUAAAGAGGCCAUCAAAUCUUUGUGUCAGUUGGCUAAGCUGAAAGACAAACAGCAAGAAGAUGGUGCCAAAAAUGAGGGGGACACUGGUGAGAACACCCUACCUGUUCCCAUGGAGCUGCUGAGUAGUUUCCACAGCCUCAUCUCUUCGGUGGAAAAGCUGCAAUCCAGCUUCCUGCUUAACCCGGAAAAAUACAGUGACGGAGAGCUUGCCACACCACCUCGCAAGCUGCUUAACACACUCAGGCAGCUUAAUCCAAUGUAUGAGGGUUACUUGCAGCAUGAUGCACAGGAGGUGCUGCAGUGCAUCCUUGCUAACAUCCAGGAGGCCUGUGACAAUAUCAAAAAAGAGCAAACAGACAACCAGAAGGACAGCACAAUAAGUAAUGGAAUGGGGGAGUCCACCCACGAGGAUGAUGGGAGCUCCGAUGGCCAGUUGAGCGGAAAGAGAAAGAGUGACACGGAAGCAGGCAAUGCUAAGAAAAAGCCAAAAUCUCAAAGCAAAUCAAAGAAAAAUGAGGAAAAUGUGCCUAUGCCCCGCUCAAAACGAAAGUCCUCCAGUGACAUAACCACAGAGAGUUCUGACCAGAGGAAUGGAACAGAGGAGCAAGAAAAAGAGCAAGAGAAGGACAGAGGGAGCACCACAGAGGAGGAGAAGAAUGACAGUACCCCAAAAGAGGUGGGCAAGAGGACACGGAGGGGGAAGCUGGGCUGGUUGAAGCCAUCUGGGAAGCAGCCUAGCAUCUUCUCGAAGUUCCGCAGCAUGGGGCGAAUUACUUCACAUGUGGGAGGGAGAGGAGAGACCAAGGAGAAAUCAGAUUGUAGUGUCCAAGAGAAGCAGGAGAAGGAUACCUCUGAGAAUGAGAGCAGAACUCAAGAAGUUAAACAGAGUCUGGGAAAGAAUAAAGAGCAAUCAGGCCUGGAUGUGCUGAAGUGGAUGUUCCAGGGUCAGCUGGUGCUGCGGACACGCUGCCUGGAAUGUGAGUGUUUCACAGAGCGGAGAGAGGACUUUCAAGACAUCAGCGUACCUGUGCAAGAGGACGAGAACAGCUCCUCCGACUCCAGUUCUGAGAUUUCUCCAGAUCCCAAGCCUGAGCUGAAAACUCUAAAGUGGGCCAUAUCUCAAUUUGCAUCUGUGGAGCGGAUUGUGGGUCAAGAUAAAUAUUUCUGUGAGACCUGUCAUCACUACACAGAAGCUGAGAGAAGUCUUUUGUUUGACAAAACACCAGAAGUCAUCACAAUCCACCUGAAAUGCUUUGCUGCCAAUGGCUCUGAGAUGGACCCUUAUGCUGGCCUUUCCAAGGUGAAUACUCCUCUGCAGACCCCUCUCAAACUUUCUCUGCAUGAGUGGUGCACUCAGCCUGAUUCUCCAGACCAGAGCCAUCACUACGAGCUCUUUGCCGUGGUCAUGCACAGCGGAGUAACCAUCAGCAGUGGUCACUACACCACUUACAUCCGCAUGAUGGAUCUCCAUCGCACCACUUUCAGGCUUCAGUCUCAGGAUGAAGAGCAAGACCGGGACAGAGAAGAAGACAUGAAACCUAAGAAAGAAGAGGUACCUCAAACAGAGUACGAUGAUGGUGAGGUGUCUUUCAGCUCGUCUGGCAGGGGGCGAAAUGUGGCCAGAGCCAGUGCAACAAGCAUGUCCAGCAAAUCAGGAAGCAAAAGGUGCUCUGAGGGUGUUGGGCUUUUAGGAGGACAGAGGAGCGUCACCAGUUACGAGCUCAGCAACAGCAGUCAAACCAAUCCAGAGAAGGCUUCCAGCUUAGCCAGUCGUGCCGCUGGUUCUCUGCUUCAGAACGCAGUGAAGAAACAGACCGAGGAAGAGGGAGUUGAUGCUAUGGGCGACGGGACCCAGGUGAAUUUUGACCUCGCUCUGCGAAACCUUUUGGACUUUGAGGGAAAGUGGAUGCUGUUUGAUGACUCUGAAGUGAGACUCUUUGAAGAAGAGGACUUCCUCAGAGCCUGUUCCCCCGAGACAUGCUCCACCUCUACACCCUACCUGCUCUUCUACAAGAGAGUCCCUCAGUAAAAACAGCCGAUUGGAUAUGGAAACUCCACCCAAUUACUAAGUUUUACUGGUAAGACAUGGACUAUGAAAGUAUGUUUGCAGGUAACUGGAAAAGCAAGUCGAGAUGUGUUAAUAGUCGAUAUGUACGUUUGUGUAACAAGUGUCAGUCAGUGAAAAGCCGAUGUGAAUCUUUCAAGGCGAUGACAUUUGUUGCCAUUUUUUGUGUCUAUUACUGUUUUUGUACUUUACUCUCUCUUCUUGUUCAGUGAGUUCAUGUCAUCUGCUUUUCAGUGACCCUCAUGCAAAUGCACCUUGGCACUUAUUGUAGUGCAUAUUACAGUUUUCCUAUACUUUCAAGCAUUCCAUAGAAGCUCUAUGAAAUAGCACAAAAUGAUUUCUUGUGCAUUGAAAUUUUAUAUUUUUUAAUUGUUUGGGUUUUGUCUCAUAUGAAUUCACAUUUUUGAUGUCCCUGUUUUGGAAGGUACUAUUAAUAGCUUA